AUGGUUCGUGGCCUUUGUACACUUGCCGUGGCGGCUGGCCUUUUGGUUACCGGCGCCGCCUUUGUUCAGCCCGAUAUCCCGAGUGAUUUGCCUGUAUCGGCACUCCUUACUACCGCGCAGAGCCGUCUGAGCAGUGGCCAAACGAACGAAGCCUUGACCUACUACGACGCUGCGAUCGCCCGCGAUCCUUCCAAUUACCUCACCUUUUUCAAGCGCGGUGCGACAUACCUGUCUCUAGGCAGGACGAACCAGGCGACCGACGACUUCAACAAAGUGCUCUCGCUCCAGCCCGGUUUCGAGGGCGCGCACACACAGCUUGCGAAGAUCAAGGCCAAGUCAGCCGACUGGACAGGCGCGCGGGCUGAGUACGCUGCUGCCAACAAGGCCGCGGACUCUCCGGAUGUUGUUGAGCUGCAAGAGGCCGAAGACGCCGCACGGUUGGCUGAGGCGGCUCUCGGCGCUUCUCAGUGGGAUGACUGUGCGACACAUGCCAGCAAUGCGAUAUUGGUCGCGGGACGUGCACCGCACCUGCGUGAAGUGCGGGCAAAGUGCCGGUUUGAGCGAGGAGAUCUGGAUGAAGCCAUGCAGGACCUGAGGCACCUGCUCAACAUGCGGCCGGGCGACACGCAGCCACACAUCGUCAUCUCCUCAACGUCCUUCUAUGCGCUCGGCGAGAUGGACAAGGGUAUGGAACAGAUCAGGAAAUGUUUGCAUUCUGAUCCCGAGUCCAAAGUGUGCAAGAAGAUCUUCAACUCCGAGAAGGCUAUCAGCAAGAAGUUCAAGAAGGUCACCGGGCAGUUGGAGAGAGGACAGACCACGACCGCAGGCCGAAGCUUGGUUGGGACAGCGGAUGAAACCGGGCUGCUUACAGAUGUCAAAGUGCAGCUAGAAGAGCUGAGACAGGAUGGCAGUAUUCGGUCCGCUACCAAAUCUAUCCUGUACGAGAAGGUUACUGAAAUGACCUGUCAGGCCUACUCAGAGUCCAACCACAAAGAUGUCUCUAAGUACUGCGAUGAGGCCCUUGGGUUGAACCCAGAUUCCUUCUGGGGAUUGUUGCACCGAGGCAAAGCACAGAUGAAGAAGGAGGACUACGAAGCAUCAGUGCGUACUCUUCAGGAUGCGCUCGACAAACACCCCCAGAUGCGGGACAAGAUCCAGCCCGUACUUCAAAAGGCCACCGUCGCUCUGAAGCGGAGCAAGACGAAGGACUACUACAAAGUCCUCGAGGUGCCACACGACGCGGACGAGCGACAGAUCAAGUCCGCAUAUCGCAAGGCUUCCAAGAAGUACCACCCGGACAAGGCUGUCAAGCAAGGCGUAACCAAGGAAGAGGCCGAGAAGAAGAUGACCUCGAUCAAUGAAGCUUACGAGGUUCUCAGCAACCCCGAGUUAAGGGCACGGUUUGAUGCUGGUGAUGAUCCGAAUUCGCACGAGUCCGGCUCAGGUCGUAACCCAUUCGAAGGCUCGCCUUUCAACUUUGGAGGUGGCGGGUUCGGCCCAGGAGGUGGGCAAAGAAAGACAAGCUUCAAGUUCAAUACAGGGGGGCCGGGCAAGCAGGGCGGCGGGAAUCCCUUUGGCCAAUUUCCAUUUGGCGGUCAGCAGUUUGGCUUUUGA